AUAAUCCCCUUCAACAACCACCCGGCACCAUAGCAACCAGGACGUCAGCGAGAGACAGCUGCAGGUUUUCAUCCUAAUUUCUGUCCCUUGCUCAGGAUUUGAGGCAUCUGAGGUGAGCAGGCAACUCGUGUCCUGGGAAAUGAGAACCUUGGAGUGGGAACGAUGAAGGAAAAGAGGAUCUUCCCCAGUGCAGAGGCUGCAAAGCCUUGAGGGGAGUUUCCCCGUCGUCCUACCGUUUGAGGACAAAGCAGAACAGGAGAGCGGAACUGCAAACAGAACCAGACUUCUCUAUGGGGGACAAAAGGAACCAAGUCAGGAAAUGCAAAUCCAUGAAUUCAGUCCUUCGACACGAGUGAAUAUGUUGCUUGCUUGCGACAUGGAAAACCAUGGCACUGCUUCUCUCACCCUGCCACCAGGGCUGCUGCAGCAGGACUACCAGAAAGCUGAGACCUCUAGCCCUCUGCCACGCCAGGAGACCACUCAUUUACCUCAGGCGUACGAGCUUGAGAAAAAUACGACAGCCUUGGAUUAUGAGCUGAUGCCGGGAGAAACCAUAGCAGCCAGCCUGCUUUUUGGAGCUUUGUGGCUGCUUUCCAUCUUCGGGAACUCCCUUGUUUGCCUGGUGAUCCACAGGAGCAGAAGGACCCAGUCCACCACGAACUACUUUGUGGUCUCCAUGGCCUGCGCAGACUUGCUCCUCAGCGUGGGGAGCACCCCGUUGGUGCUUCUGCAGUUAGCCUCCGGUGGAUGGACCCUCGGGAGCACGAUGUGCAAGCUCGUCAGGUAUCUCCAGUACCUCAUCCCUGGUGUCCAGAUCUACGUACUCCUCUCCAUUUGCAUGGACAGGUUCUACACCAUCGUCUACCCUCUCAGCUUCAAGGUGUCUCGGGAAAAAGCCAAGAGAAUGAUCGCGGUCUCUUGGCUCUUUGAUGCCGCACUGGCAUCCCCGGUGUUCUUCUUGUAUGGAUCGGGCCGGGAUAACCACUGCAACUUCUUCCCCCCACACUCAUGGGACGGGGCUCUUUACAGCAUUGUCCACUUACUAGUGGCUUUUCUGAUCCCGUCCGUUCUCAUCAUUCUCUUCUACCAAAAAGUCAUCAAGUACAUUUGGAGGAUAGGCACAGACGGCAGGACGGUCCGGAGGACGAUGAACAUCGUUCCGAGGACAAAAGUGAAAACCGUGAAGAUGUUCCUCAUGCUCAAUUUGCUCUUUCUGCUCUCGUGGCUGCCCUUUUACGUGGCUCAGCUGUGGCACCCGAAUGAGACCGAUUACAGGAAGAGCUCCUUGGUUUUUAUGUCGGUCAUGUGGAUAUCCUUUAGCUCCUCGGCCUCAAAACCGACCCUGUACUCUGUGUACAACGCAAACUUCAGGAGAGGCAUGAAGGAGACUUUCUGCAUGUCCUCCAUGAAAUGCUACCGCAGCAACGCCUACACCAUCACCACCAGCUCACGGAUAGCCAAAAGAAAUUACGUGGGGAUCUCAGAAAUCCCUGCCCCAGCCAAGACAGCUUCUAAAGACUCAGUAUAUGACUCCUUUGACAGAGAAGCGAAAGAGAAGAAACUUGCCUGGCCCAUUAACUCAAACCCAUCCAACACAUUUGUCUAAUUCAUUGGGGUCUUUUCAGCAAUACGACAUCAUUUGGAACAGACUGCGUUCCCAAAUUUAGUGGGCAGAAGGGUUUUAUUUUAUUAAAUGCAUUGUGGGUUU